GUUCCGUUGGCGGCAGUGCUGCGUUCAGGAGCACUUGACUGUAGAUCCCUGGUUCGCGUUUGCCUCCGGUCAGGUGUCGCUUUUGCUAUUACCUGGGGGUUAUAUUGAGCUAAAGGUUAGCGGUGUGUCCCAGCUGUGAUGGAGCGCUGGAAGGGCAGAGUGGCUUUGGUGACCGGAGCCUCGGUUGGGAUAGGGGCGGCCAUAGCUAAGGAGCUGGUCCGGUACGGCAUGAAAGUAGUGGGCUGUGCCAGGGACGUCGAAAAAAUACAGAAACUGGCAGAUGAGUGUCAAAGUACAGGCCACAGUGGUGUGUUGGUACCUUUCAAGUGUGACUUGAACAACGAGGAAGAGAUUCUGUCCAUGUUCGCUGCCAUCAAAGCGCAGCACAAAGGGGUGGAUGUGUGCAUCAACAACGCUGGCUUGGCUCAUCCAGAGUCACUGUUAAAUGGCAACACCAGUGGCUGGAAGAACAUGAUGGAUAUCAACGUUCUUGCAUUGUGUAUAUGCACCCGCGAAGCAUAUCAGUCAAUGAAAGAAAGAAAUGUUGACGACGGGCACAUCAUAAACAUAAACAGCAUGAGUGGACAUCGUGUAGUACCCAGUGCUGAUGUACAUUUCUACAGCUCCACCAAGUACGCUGUGACGGCCCUGACCGAGGGCUUGAGACAGGAGCUGCGUGAGGCCAAAACCCACAUCAGAGCCACAUGUAUUUCUCCUGGUGUAGUAGAGACAGAAUUUGCUUCUCGGCUCUACAAAGACAAUGCUGUUAAAGCUGCUGCUUCAUACUCUAAAUUUAAGCCUUUGGAAGCAAUAGACAUUGCUAAUUCGGUCACAUACGUCCUAAGUGCCCCUCCCCAUGUCCAGAUUGGGGACAUUCAGAUGCGACCUGUGGAGCAGGCGUCGUAGAUCUGCACCAGACAGACACAUUCUUCAUCCCAUUGGUUUACUACAAUUACAAUAUGAUAUUUGUUGCACGAUAUUAUACAGAAGGAAAUUAGAUUUUUUAGUUUGGCUAGAAACAUUUGGACCACAGGGAUUGUUCCAUUGACUGCCACUGGUGUCCAAUUGUUAAAAUGUUUUUGUCAGAAACAUAAACCACUAAAAUACACAAAGAAUAUGAAAACAAAAUAUUUAAAGAUCUUUUACAUUUCUAUCAGUAAAAUAUCGAGGAGAAAAUCUUUACAUACAACAAAUCUGUAAUAUAUAACCCCAAAAACUCUAAAUUAUCGAAACAAAAUGUAAUAAAAUCUAUUACUAAAGAAUGUGAAAAGGGUUUGCGUAUGUCUGAGCUGUAUUUUUAGUUUAGGCUAAAUUAGCUAAUGUUAGCAUGAUAGCACCCUAAACUAACUUAAGAUUGUGACCAUGGUAAAUGACAUCAGGAUGUUAGCAUUUUGAUUGUGAGCAUGUUGGCAUACUGACGUUGGCAUUUAGCUUAAAGGUCUUCUGUACUCAUUCACAGCCUCACAUAGCGGCUAGCAGCUGUACACUCUCAGAUCCUCAAUAAAUUAAUGAUUU